GGUCUUGCUAUGUAUUGGGGUGUCUUGGUGUGUGCUAAGUCCGGAAAUAGUAUACAUUUCCUGCGCAUGCGUACAGCUUGGACUCGACCUCGUGGAUUGAAAACAUACUAAGAACAAGAUGUUGGUGCUGUUCGAGACAGCCGCUGGCUAUGCCGUAUUUAAGCUAUUGAAUGAGAAGAAGUUAAAGGAGAGUGAAAACCUGUACUUAGACUUUGAAUCACCAGACACUGCUAAUGAGCUAUUGAAGCUAAAACACUUCAAGAAAUUUAAAGACACAACAGAAGCUCUUGCAGCUGCCACGGCAACAGUGGAGGGUAAAAUGAGCAAAUCCUUAAAGUCCCUGCUCAAGAAAGUAGUGGCCUCUGACGCGCAUGAAGAGCUUGCAGUGGCCGAUGCAAAACUGGGCAGCGCGAUCAAGGACAAGUUCAACCUCAGCUGUGUGGCCAACUCGUCCAUACAGGAGCUGAUGCGGGGUAUUCGUCAGCAGAUGGACAGCCUCAUCACCCUGCCAUCCAAGGAAAUGGCUGCCAUGGCGCUCGGCCUUGCACACAGUUUGUCUCGCUACAAAUUGAAGUUCAGUCCAGACAAAGUGGAUACAAUGAUCGUUCAAGCCAUUUCGCUGCUGGAUGACUUGGACAAGGAGUUGAACAACUACGUUAUGAGAGCCCGGGAAUGGUAUGGCUGGCACUUCCCUGAGCUCGGCAAGAUCGUGCAGGAUAACCAGGCCUUCGCCAAGGUCGUUAAACACAUGGGUUUCCGUACCAACGCAGCAACUACAGAUUUCUCCAAGAUUCUUCCAGAGGAAGUGGAAAAGGAGGUCAAGGAUGCGGCUGAAAUCUCCAUGGGAACGGAAAUCUCCGACGAGGAUAUUCUCAAUGUCACCUACCUCUGUGAUCAGGUAAUUGAAAUCACCGAAUACCGGGCCCAGCUGUAUGAUUACAUCAAGAACAGAAUGGUUGCCAUAGCUCCCAACUUGACAGUAUUGGUUGGGGAGCUAGUGGGGGCAAGGUUGAUAUCACAUGCAGGGUCCCUGAUGAACCUUGCCAAGCACCCUGCCAGUACCGUGCAGAUCCUGGGCGCAGAGAAGGCCUUGUUUAGGGCUCUCAAGACCAAACACGACACACCGAAAUAUGGUCUCAUCUAUCAUGCAUCUCUCGUGGGCCAGGCUAGCGUAAAACUAAAAGGAAAGAUGUCAAGAAUGUUGGCUGCCAAAUGUGCUCUGGCUAUUCGAGUGGAUGCCCUAGGUGAAGACACCAACGCAGAGAUGGGCCUUGAACACAGAGCAAAACUGGAAAGGAGAGUCCGAGAAAUGGAGGAGGGAAAGUCCCGAAGAAUCAGUGGCAGUGGAAAGGCAAUCUCAAAGUGGGACAAAUAUGAGAACAAAAGCCAAGUGCGUACGUACAAUGAGGCAGCAGAUUCCACCAUACCCAAUGUGGCAAAGAAACGCAAGUUUGACGAUGAUACAACACCUGUAGAAGCAAAACAAAUGAAAACCGAGACUCCAGAAGUGGAACAGCAUUCAGAAGAGAAUGGUGAAACAGAAACCCCUAAGAAGAGAAAAAAGAAGAACAAACACAAUGAGAGUUUGAAUACCACACAGGAGGCAGAAGUUUCCAUGGAGACGGUGACUCCAGGCGGUGAUGCCUCUUCAGAAAAGAAGAAAAAGAAGAAGAAAAAGCACAAGCAAGAAGCCGAAUAAAUCUUGAUUGUGUUCAUCUUUCAUCUUAUUAUAUCACAUUGACCACCAUAUACUGCAGAGGUCUAUCAUGACCAAGUUCAUAUGCAUGACCCAGUGCAUUCCUAUUGGUCAUGAAUUCCAAUAUUUUAUGAUUUAUGUGGUCAGAAUGUGCGCUUCAUAUUGUCUGUUUAUCAGAAUUCACGAAACAUUAAUGACGAGUGUCAUAGAACUCUUGUGCAUUAUCAUUUUUGUUUCAGGAGACUUGAGACUGUUGACAGAACAGAAACUUGUUGCCAAUUUUCAAAUUCAUCUGAGUUGUUUAAUGAUUUAUUGUGUUGACUUGAUUGUUGUGGACAACAAUCCAUGUGUAAAUAGUAACAUGUAGUUACAGCUUGUUAAGAAUAAAGGCAAUAUACUUA